AAGAUGCUCUUGAUAAGUUUACAAAGGAAAGCUGUUGGGUGAGUUCAUAAUUGCAAUUUAAAAUUGACAGAUAAUCCUCAUCACCAUAUAAUUUCUCCUUGCUUUCAAAUUGACUUUAAAGCAUAGAUGGCCUGUUAGUUAUUCACAGGGAAUUACAGUCCAUCCUGUAAAACAAACAUUGGUUUCAGUUUUACUAAUGGGUAGGAUUUCUUAAGUAUGGUACUGUACAUAUAUUCUUAGGCUAUGUCCUAUGUGGCAGCGUCCAGCAACUACUGGCAGAAAGAAUCUUUUUACGCAUGUCCAACUUGCGAGUGACUUCUGUCCAAAAUGGACGCAUGUUGUUUACAAGAUGGUGAUGAGAAGACUUCAUUGAAUGCUACUAUGAAAAAUAUGACAAGCAUUAAAAUGGUAAAUUUGACAGUUAAUUAUUAUCACUAACUAGAUACACAACAAAUAUAAAGAAUCUUUUUUUUUGAUGAUAUGAAACCGUGCUUUGCUAUUUGUUUAUGCUUCUGACUAAAACACAUAAAGCAGAUGAAACCGUCCGUCCUAUAGUUGACUUCAGAAACACAACAUUAUAUAAUCUUGAGAAAAUUCUAAAACAGAAACUUAAAAUAUACCAAAAUUCUAAAUUUGCUAUUUAUAACACUGAUAAACUACUAUAUGAUAUUAAACAGAUAGAUAUAAAAGACACGUACAGAAUUGCAAGCCUAGACAUAAUUGAUAUGUAUCCUUCCAUAAUAUGGGAAAUAAUUGAACCUAAACUGACACAACAUAAAAUUGAACCUGAAAUAAUAGACUUAAUCGAAUUUACCUACAGAAGCAAUUACUUUGAAAUAAACAGUAAAUAUUACACACAGAAUAGUGGUAUCAGUAUGGGGUCCGUAAUAGGACCGAAACUAGCCGAGAUCAUAAUGAUAGAUAUAGACAAAGAAAUAAGUGACAUAUAUGGUAUAAAGUUCUACAGGAGAUACGUAGAUGACGUCUUGAUAAUAUAUGAUGAGGUCGAGAUUAACACUAAUGAAAUCAGAAAUAUAAUAAAUAAUAUCCAUAAAAAUAUUCAAUUUAAAAUAGAAGAAGAAGAUAAAAUUACCAACAGCAUAAAUUAUUUAGAUAUUACAAUUAAAAGAAAUAAUACAAAUCUCGAAUUUGAACCGUUCAAAAAGCAGUGCUCAAUAAAUACCACAGUUAACUAUAAUUCUAACAUACCAAUUCAUAUAAAACAAAACAUAUUUAAUAUGGAAUACACUAAAAUCAAAAAUAGAACUAGUAUAAAUACUAAGCAAAUUGAACAUUUAAAUACACUAAAGAAAAAAUUUAUUCUUUCAGGAUACCCAAACAGAAUUCUUAAUAUUUGGGAAACAGAAAUAGAUAAAAAAACAGAUAAAACAAUAAGAAUAGAUCCUAAACAAGCAGAAAUAAAAUACAUUCGUUUUCCAUACAUAAAAGGUUUAUACGAAGAAGUCAAUAAGGAAGUCAAAAAAAUUAAUGUAAAACUUGUACCGACAUAUGAUAAGCUACUCUCCAGAUUAAAUGCAAAACAAGUUAACAAAACAAAUAUAACAAAUAAAGAAGAAAGUAAAAAUGUAGUCUAUAAAAUUCCGUGUACAUGCGAAAAUAAAAAAUUUUAUAUAGGUGAAACUAAACGUAAAGUUAAAGUAAGAUUGAAAGAACAUAUAGCCGAUUUGAAAUAUCGUAGACUAAAUUCUGCUUUUCAUGAACACUGCCUUUUGAAUAAUUGUAAUAUAGAUAAAAAUAAUAUAGAUAUCUUACACAGAGAAAGAGAUACAUACAAAAGAAAAUUCAAGGAAAGUAUAGAAAUAAUCAAAAAUCAAAAUAGUAUAAAUAAAAAUCCUAGCAUCUCAAUAAACGAAAACUGGUUAAAAAUUUUAUAUUAAUUGUAUUCACUAGAUUCAAACUAUUAUUAUUGUGAUCAAUGUGCUAAUUAAUAAUAACGAUUGAACUGUUACAUAAAUCAACAAUAACAAAAAACUGUAAUGUUGUAACGGGAAUCAAAUAAUAUGUAAAUUUAUAUUAAAUGUUAAUCCUGUUUACCAACCUCAAGACAUUGUAAUGUCAUUAGUUCAUAUAAUAAUCUAUAAUAUUAAAUACUGUAAUGUUAAAUAAAUCAACAAUCAUAUAUUGUAAAAAUAUAGUAGAUGUCAGAUAUGUAAAUUUAUAUUGUAGAAGUUAUGUAAAUUCGUAUUAUAUUGUCAAUGCUUAUCAAAGGAAAUAAGGAUUUAGUAAAACAGAUUUAUGAGUAAAAAGCAUAAUCAAUUGUAUACCAAUUUGAUAAUUGUUGUCUAAGGUAUAUUUUAGACCAAGGAUUUUGUAAGACUGUUUUAUAAGUAAAAGGUAUAAUCAAUUUUGUACAGUACAACCUUAAUAACAGCCGUACUCAAGGUAUGCCUUAAUUAAAUAUAGUUUUAUAGAUACUAUAAAACUUAUGUAUAGUUUUAUAUAGAUACGUUGUAUACUCUCCUAAUAUUAUAGUAGGCUACAAGAAAAAAUACUGUGAAUAAGCUGAUGUUGCUGAAAAAAUAUCGAAAGUAAACUGCUACUUUAAUUUAUAAAACCUGUAUGGAUAGUUGACUGAAGAGGG